UCCUAGAUUUGGGAAACAUAGUAUGAAGCUAAACACAUCAGACUCAGAAACAAGUGAAGUGUGAUCUGAUAUACAUACAUAAGAUUAUACCAAAGAAAAAAGGGGGAAAUUAAAAUGGUGAGAGCUCCAUCUGUUGACAAAAAUGGAUUGAAGAAAGGGGCAUGGAGUGAGGAAGAAGACGAUAAACUGAGAGCUUAUGUUCUCAGAUAUGGGCACUGGAACUGGCGCCAACUCCCUAAAUUCGCCGGCCUGUCUAGAUGCGGUAAAAGUUGCAGAUUGAGAUGGAUGAAUUACCUCAAGCCUGGAAUAAAAAGAGGAAGCUUCAGCAAAGAUGAAGAUGAGAUGAUUAUUAAAUUGCACAAAGAAUUGGGAAACAAAUGGUCGGCCAUUGCUGGAAAACUGCCCGGAAGAUCAGACAACGAAAUAAAAAACCACUGGCACGCCCACCUCAAGAAACAUCUCCAGACCAAACAAGAUCCUAAAAUAAUCCGAUCAGAACAGAAGAUUAAUGAAACUGCUGAAUAUGAAACUUUCCAGAAAGUCAAGAUCGCAGAAGAUGAAAGCUCAAUUUACGAUGCGAUCUCUUCUUAUUCACAGGGAGCAUCUUCAAGUGAAGAAUCGUCCUGCUUGAGCUCGAACUCGAAAUCUUCAGACCUAAUAAGUUGCAACACUGUGUGGACUGUCCCAGAAGAGGGCAUGAUGAUGACUUCAUCUCAGUCGUUUGAAGAAACCUUUUUCUGGGAUGAUCUCCUUUUUGCAGACGCGAGUUUUUCGUCAUCGGAAUCCGAAGGAGGAUUCAUGUCUCCCACUUCCAUGGUUGAGGAAGAGUUUACACUCCCAUACAGCUUAUUCGGCGAGGAUGACGUUAAUUUCUUGAACAAUUUUAUGUAAUAGAUCCAAUACAUUCACCGCACUGUAAAAUUCGAAUAUACAAAGUAGUAAUUAC